CCACAACGUCCCACCACAACUUGAAACGCAUAACAGGCAUCCUGCAGCAGCAGCAGCAGCAGCGGCGCAUAUUUUGUCUGCUUCUUGAGUCCCAGUGACAGUUUCAGCCAUGGCUACUGAUCUCCAGGAGACUGCGCCGGUCGCCGUUUCCGAUGCCUCCGCAGACGCCAAAAAGAAAAGCUCCGCCAGCAAGAGCAAAGCGAAGGCGACCGCGGCUUCUGGAACACCUGCUGCCAAGAAGAAGUCUGGCAAGAAGAAGAAGAAUCAGCCCGGUAAAUACAGCAUGCUGGUGAUAGAUACGAUCCGCAAGCUGGGCGAGAAGAACGGCUCUUCUCUGGCCAAGAUUUACAACGAAGCCAAGAAGGUGUCUUGGUUCGACCAGCAGAACGGGCGCACCUACCUGCGCUACUCCAUCAAGGCGCUGCUGCUCAACGACUCCCUGGUGCAGGUGAAGGGCACCGGGGCCAACGGCUCCUUCAAGCUCAACAAGAAGAAGCUGGAGAAAUCCGCAGCCAAGAAGAGCUCCUCCAAAGCCGCAAAGAGCUCGGGCGCCACCGGCACCGCAGCCGCCGCCGCCCCGCCGGGCGCCCCUGCCACCGCCUCCGCUGCCGCCGCCGCCGCCCCCAAGAAAGCCAAGAAGGCGGCGGAGAGGAAGAGCAAGGCGAAGAGCAGUCCGAAGAAGAAAAAGCCAGAGGCAGCCAAGAAGGCGGCCAAGAAGCCCAAGAAAGCAGCCAAGAAGAAGCCCGCUGCGGCGCCUGCCAAAAAGGUGAAGAAGCCCAAGAAGACCAAGACAUCGGGCGCCAAAGUGCCCAAAGGCAAGAAGGCGUCCGGCGGCCCAGCAGCUUCAUAGACACCGCGGCGCUUAACUCUCUUCUCAUUUGCACUGAACGCGGAUAAAGAUGAAUAAUAUGCUUCUUUUGGACAUUCGUAUAUUUUUUAUUUUUCGAAGGCUUUUUAUUUUUAUAAGGUAAACGUUUUUCUGUGCUCAAAACGUUGCGAUAACAAUUGUUGGGUUAUGGGGAGGGGGUUGUCAGGGGGCAACUGUACACAAAAGCGCUGUCCUUUUGUGUGACAGUUGGCCAGUUAUUGUGUGUCAGUGACUUUUUGUUGUUGUUUUCCAUUUAGUCACACUACGCAGUUUGUGUUGUGACUUGAUGGGCGGGCAACGCCCCUUUUCGGGAUCAAUUGAGUCUAAAUAUCGCGUCACUUACUUUGGAAAAGUCAUUAAUGGAAAAAAGAAAAAAGAAAAAAAACAAACUGUAACCAGCAAUAAGACCUGUGUGACCUUAAGCAUUUUGUGUUGUACCAAACCAUAACCCGCAUGCUCUCCUAUCAACUUAGUUUUAAAAUAAUAAAAAAAUAAAAAAAAAUUUCUGCAGCUGUUAUGUUCAUCUAUGUUAACUUAAUAAAGACGUGUAAAGUUUAAAA